AGGACGCCGCUUCUCUCCUCUACUUUCUGUUUUCUUUUUCUCUUUUUAUCCGACCUUGCUAGAAAGCACAAGCGGUGCGUUUCUAUUUGCGGCGACCCUCCUGUAGUAGCUGAAAUACGGUUCUUGUCCCAGCAGCACCGCACUGCGUUGACACCGACAUUCCGUGACGCAUUGAGGUCAGCGCGACGCCAUGAACCCCAAAAAGUACAUCGGGCGUCAACUGCGGCCCUCGCAGCUAGCGGCAGAGCUGCUGCCCCCUGAUCAGCUGUGGUGCACUGUCUGCCAUCAAGCCGUGGAGAAGAAGCGUUUCGGCGAACACGCCCAGACACUCGGCCAUCGCCUGGGUAAGAGGAAGCUAAAUAAGCUGAAGUACAUAUCACUGAGCAUGUGGGAGGAACAUCGCGGCGCCCCACUGGAUCAGGAGAGCGCGCAUGAGGGUGGGAUUGCGGAGGAGUUUGCCCGCUACCAGGCGGACCAGAGGCGUCGCGAGCAACUCUCCGUAGAGGCUGCGUGGAAUCCGCCACGCUCCUCGCCGCAUCGCGAUCUGUUUUAG